CGCCCUAUAUAUAUACUUGGAAUUGCUCUGUUUUCUGCACAGCCAAGCCAGGUGAAACAAGAACCAAGAAGAACAAAAAGCUUUCAUCUCCUUAUUCUUCCCUCGAAAAUGGGGUUGAAGUGGAUUCUGAAUUCCGCUUUCACUCAAGUUCUAGGGCUGACAGAGAAGCAACAUCGCAAUCAGAACGAGGCGGGAGAAGGAAUCAAGAACGUGGAGCAAGUGAAGGAGGCGGAAGAUUGUUUUUAUGGAGGUUUGAAUUUUGAAAGUGGGUUUCAAAUGCCUCUCCAUUAUCCCAGGUACACGAAGGCGGAUUAUGAGAAAAUGGAAGAAGGUAAAUUGGAUUUGCUUCUCAAACAAUAUGGACUCCGUUUUGAAGGUACCCUUGAGGAGAAAAGGGCAUUCGCUAUUGGCACGUUCUUGUGGCCUGACCAACUUUGAGUUUGCCCACCAGGUGUUUGAUGAAAGUCCCCAAUGAAAAAAAUAGCUAACUUUUGAUGUUUGCUGUUUGUAUAGCUCUUUAUGGAUGUGAUGUUUGUUUAAGAUGCAGAGAUAUUAGUAGCUGUGUCUUUGUUUGGCUGUAUGUACUGAUCUUGGUGGGAUUUUAGUGCAUCUUGUAAAAAACUAGUUACAUAUAAUGGUAUAUUAAACACCCUUUUCUACUGA